AACUCGACAGCCCGCAGCCCGAAGCCCUAUGCCAAAGCCAACGCCAAGCCCAGCGCCUGAGCGAAAGUAAUAUCAAAAUUAGCUAAGAAGAGAAACUGGAUGUGUUAUUGUAAAUAUCCAUUGAUCAAGGAGCAGAUGAUAUACUAAGUAAUCAUGCCACCAGGUAAAAAAACGGGAAGACCUCCGGGCUCUAAGAAUAAAAAGGCUACUUUUAAAAAUAAAUGCAAUUACUGUUCCAUUGUACUGAAAUGCAGGAGUGAUAUGUUGAAACAUUUACGUGUAUGCAGUCAGAAGAAGCUAGCUAAACAUAGGGAUCUUGAUCCCAAAAAGGCCGUGUACAGCUGCACACAAUGCACCAAGAAGUUCAGGUUUGAGAAUAGUUUUACCAAACAUCUAAAGAUGGAGCAUUCCAAGCUCCAAACUGCAGUGGGCUGCAAGCAAUGUAAUGUCCGCUGCCCAAACCAGAGAGCCCUUAAAGAGCACAUUGCUAAUGUGCAUGAGCGGGAGAUAUUUGAGUGUGAGCAUUGCAAGAAGCAGUUUGUCAGACGGGCCCAUGUGUUACGCCACAUUGCUCAAAAAGGCUGUGAUGGAUCAGGAGUUAAAAUGUUCCCUUGUGAAAUUUGCAACGCCUCAUUCACACGCAAAGACAACUUGAUAGUUCACCUCCGAUUGCAGCACAUCAACAAGAACAAUUUCCAUUGCAAACACUGCACCUACCACACCAAGAACUUCUCCAAGCUGAUCAUUCACACCCAGAAGAAUCACUUAGAUCCAAAAAACUAUUUUGAGUGUGAUCACUGUAGCAAAGUGACGAGCUCUAGGGCUGCUAUGGCCAAGCAUUUAGAAAUCCAUGGAGAAAAGAAAUAUGAAUGUGAUGUGUGUGGCUACGCAACUUACACGAUAGAGGUGAUCCGUCGUCACGUGCUCAUCCACGUGGAGGACAAGCCGUACAAGUGCGCGAUCUGCGGCCAGUCGUACAUCCAGCGCUCGCAGCUGCAGCGCCACCUGGUGAAGCACACAGGCAACAUGUGCGGCAAGUGCGGGGGCACCUUCAGCUCCAAAGCCAGCUUGAUAAUCCACCAGCGCGAGCACCUGGGGCUGGAUAAGCUGUUGUGCCCAUACGAAGACUGCUCGUACUCCAAGAAGGAGUUCAGCAGCGAAGCGAGCCUCACCAAUCAUGUCAAGACUCAUUUAGAUGAAAAACCGUUCCAAUGCGCCGUGUGCAAGAAGCGGUUCCACAACGAGAUCAACCAGCGGCGGCACGUGCUGACGCACCAGCUGGACCGGCCGCGGCGCUGCAUGUACUGCGUGAACGCGCGCGCCUACGUGCGCGGCGAGCAGCUCGUCAAGCACGUGCGCAAGUGCCACCCCGACCUGUUCCGCGCGCACCUGCAGCACGUGCGCCGCGUGCUGGGCACAAGCAACAAGAUAGACCGGGUGAAGAAAUCGGAAUUGGACUCGAUCCUGAACGUGCUGGACGCGGAGUCGGAGCGGAUCCUGCAGGGCUACGGCGAGGGCGUGCUGUACGGCGGCGUCCAAGACGUGGAGCCCGACGAGAUCGAGCUGCCGCUCAAGAUUGAAAAGACUGAAAAUCCUCUGAUGUCGGAAGAGGAGUUAGCCGAGAGCCUGAAGAAGUUGCUGACGCAGCUCAUCGAUAUAGAGAAGCUGGAGUGCUUCGGCUGGCCCGACGAGAGCGUCGACCUGGUCCUAGAAAAGGUGAUAGAGCAAUGCGGCGCGCGCGCCGCCGACCGCUUGCGCUGGACGCGCGUGCAGCGCCUGCGCGAGAACACCAAGCAGCUGUUCCUGUACGUCAUCGAGGACGCCAACAUCGCGCGCAUGCUCGACACGCACACCAUCGACCAGAUCGUCAAGCACAUCCUCACGCAGGUCGCCGACACCGACGCCACGGAAAUAUAG